GCGUGGAGUUUGGGAUUUUGAGGGGGUUGUAAACGGAAGGAGACGAACAGGAAAGGAAAAGGACUGCGUACACACACGUCAUAGAAAAGGGAAAUAGAAGAGGGGGGAAAAAACAACAAAGAUACUCGGCGAUGUUUCAUUUCCACCCUUGUUUAGUCGCUCUUAUCCAGCCUGUCUCCCCCCUCCUCCUCCUCAGCAGCAGCAGCGCCACUUCCUCUCCGGAGCCCUCGGCGAGUGGUCUCCGCCACAAGCCAGCAGACAGCAGCCUCGCCGCCGCCCGGUACCCGGACUGGGCUGUCACACACACGAGGUACCAUUUCCCGUCGACAGGCAGCAGCAACACGGGUGGAGAGAGCUCCGCCGUUGAUGCUGACUUGCACUGGGGCUUGUCAGAAGGCAGAAGCGGUGCCAUUGUCCACUGUCUCGGCUCCCGUAGACGGGCUGCCCUCACGCCGAGGCUAGUCCAAGUCCAGCACAGCGAGCUCCCCACUCAGCGUGGGGGGUUGUGUUAGCCACAAUCGGGUUUUUAUUUAACAAACUGAUGGGAACCUUCAUUCGAUAGCCCCCCCUCUUCCUCUAACCCACCGGGUUAGGGGAAAUCGCCGGAUUAGCCACAAGGGCGCUGUCUUCGCCGAGGGGGGCUCCGGCCGGAUUCCUCCAGCGGGUGCUUCGGUGCCCCCUGUUAACGCCUGCCGCGCCUCACCUGUCUGCGGCUGUGAGUGGACCCUAAAAGCGGACGCCGAGACUCCGACCGAAGAUGGCAGGCAACCUGAAGAAAGGCGGGGGGCUCAUCGGUAUGAUGAAGGAUGCCUUCCAGCCACACCACCACCACCACCUCCAUUCGCACCACCAGCCUGGGGCCGUGGACAAAAAGACCGUGGAGAAGUGCUGGAAGCUGAUGGACAAGGUGGUGCGCCUGUGCCAGAAUCCCAAACUGGCCCUGAAGAACAGCCCCCCAUACAUCCUGGAUCUACUGCCAGACAUGUAUCAGCACCUGCGCACAAUCCUGUCUCGCUACGAGGGUAAAAUGGAGACACUGGGAGAGAAUGAGUACUUCCGAGUCUUCAUGGAGAACCUGACCAAGAAGACCAAGCAAACCAUCAGCCUGUUCAAGGAGGGCAAGGAGCGCAUGUAUGAGGAGAACUCGCAACCCAGGCGCAACCUCACCAAAUUGUCGUUGAUCUUCAGCCACAUGCUGGCCGAGCUGAAGGCCAUCUUCCCCAACGGUCUGUUUCAGGGUGACAACUUUCGCAUCACCAAGGCCGAUGCAGCGGAAUUCUGGAGGCGUGCCUUCGGGGACAAGACCAUCGUGCCUUGGAAGGUAUUCCGUCAGUCCCUCCAUGAAUUUCAUCCGAUUAGCUCCGGCCUGGAAGCCAUGGCCCUCAAGUCUACCAUCGACCUCACCUGUAACGACUACAUCUCCGUCUUUGAGUUUGACAUCUUUACCAGGCUCUUCCAGCCUUGGUCAUCCCUGUUGCGGAACUGGAACAGCUUGGCAGUUACUCACCCAGGCUAUAUGGCCUUCCUCACUUAUGACGAGGUCAAAGCGCGGCUGCAGAAGUUCAUUCACAAGCCUGGCAGUUACAUCUUCAGACUGAGCUGCACCCGGCUGGGCCAGUGGGCCAUCGGCUACGUGACGGCAGAUGGAAACAUUCUCCAGACCAUUCCUCACAAUAAACCUCUCUUUCAGGCUCUCAUAGAUGGCUUCAGGGAAGGAUUCUAUUUAUUCCCUGAUGGUCGGACCCAAAAUCCAGACCUGACGGGACUGUGCGAGCCUUCUCCUCAAGACCACAUCAAAGUCACACAGGAACAAUAUGAGCUCUACUGUGAGAUGGGCUCCACCUUCCAGCUGUGCAAGAUCUGUGCAGAGAAUGAUAAGGAUGUGAAGAUUGAACCCUGUGGUCAUCUCAUGUGUACUUACUGCCUCACUGCCUGGCAGGAGUCAGAGGGGCAAGGCACGGGCUGCCCUUUCUGCCGCUGCGAGAUUAAAGGUACCGAGCCCAUCGUGGUGGAUCCCUUUGACCCCAAGGACAACAGCGGAGGCUCCUGCAGAGGCAUGUUCGGGGCCGAGGGCGCGCCAUCUCCCAGCUAUGACGACGACGAUGACGACAGACUUGAAGACCCCCACCUCAUGAUGAGCAAACUGGCUUGCACAAAGGUGGAACGCCCCCCAUCGCCCAUGUCCAUGGCUCCUCAGUCCUCCCUGCCACCCGUGCCGCCCAGGCUAGACCUGCUUCCACACAGACCCCCCAACCCGCCUGGCGCUUCCAGUCCUGGAGUCACAGCUAAGGUAGCAUCUCAUCACAAAGACAAGCCUCUCCCACUCCCCCCGGCACUGAGGGAUCUCCCCCCUCCCCCACCUCCUGACCGCCCUCACAUGGCCGCCCCAUGCUCAGAUGGUCGCAUGCAAAGGCGACCCUUACCCUGUACGCCCGGUGAGGCCCCUCGAGAUAAACUCCCACCAGCGCCCCCAAACCGGCCGUCUGCUGACUGGAACUCCCGGCCCGUCCCCAAAGCCCCGAUCUCUUCCUCCUCCUCUUCUUCCUCUUCUGCUUCAUCAUCCUCAUCUUCAUCGUCCAGCCAAGUCUCUGGCGUGGACCUCCGUGUAGGUGUCAGGGAGCUCUCCAACCGACACUCCCUCCCUCUGGCGCUGCCCUCUGCUCUCAUGGACACACGCACAGACCCACAGAAGAACAACUCCCUCAGUUUGGACCACCAGCUGAACUUUGUCUCAGUGAUUGGUCAGGAUUUUGACAACCCCAAAGUCAAGCCAUCAUCCUCGGCCAAUGCGAUCUACUCACUGGCAAGCAGACAGCCUUCAGCCCUGAGGCCGCUGGCAGCCGAGGAGGCCCGCGACAGUGAGGAGGAAUCGGAGUACAUGAUCCCAUCCUCUCGCCCCGUCCUGCCAGCCAUCACAGCUCCAUCUAUAGGAGAGAGCCCUCCAGUCCCGAGACCCCCUCAGCCUCUCUAUACCCUCCAGAUGCAGACGCAAGGCAUCACCACGUUCAACCAACGACCCGCACCGACUGACCUGGAGGACGGCCUUCAAAUGUAUGAAGCCAUGUACAACAUCCAGGCCAGGUCACAACAAGCCAGGGAUUCAGAUUACUCCGAGCUGCCCCCUCUGCCCGUAACCAACGGCCCCCGGGAGACGUCGGUAGAGGACAGGGAAGAUGAGGACAACAGCUAUGACUACCCCAAAACACGACUGCCAAUGCCGCCUGUCCGACGGCCCCUUUCAGAACUGGGAGGGCCAUCCUCGUCGACUGCAUCCUCCUCGUCAAGCUUGUCAUCCGGAGCAGCUUGCACGUCAGAUCCCAUUGAAGCCCCCGAGAGACCCCCCAAGCCUCUCCCCAGACGAAUCAACUCAGAGCGCCGCCACAGCCCCGUCCCGCCUGUCCCCGUCCCACCCGGCUGCGGGGCGAUGGGAAGAGGAGACGUCAACCCUCAGAUCAGCAGCGAGAUCGAGCACCUGAUGAGUCAGGGCUACUCCUACCAGGACAUCCAGAAAGCACUGAUGAUUGCACAGAACAAUAUCGAGAUGGCCAAGAACAUCCUGCGGGAGUUUGUCUCCAUUCCCUCCACCGCGCACAUUCUCACAUAGCGCUC